UCCUCUUUUUGUACAAACUCAGAUUAGCUGAAAGGUUAGCUGUGUGAAGGUCCAGCAAAAAACAUUUAAUUUGCUCAUCUCUGUCGGACUUGAGCUAUAACUCCAAAGGAGCUGGCUCAGAGAAAGUUCCUCUCCUAAAACCAAGUUCACAGUUGAAGGACAUUUGAUAAUAUUAUUCCACCACAAAGCCACCUCACCCAUCUUGACGGAAGAAAAGAUGUCUGGGAAACCAAGACUGCACUACAGCCGAGGGAGAGGAAGAAUGGAAUCCAUCCGCUGGCUCCUUGCUGCAGCUGGAGUUGAGUUUGAAGAUCGGUAUAUAGAUUCAAAGGAAGACUUGGAAAAAUUAAAAAAAGAUGGAUCCCUCCUGUUCCAGCAAGUGCCCAUGGUGGAAAUUGAUGGGAUGAAGAUGGUGCAGACCCGAGCCAUUCUCAGCUACAUUGCAGGAAAAUACAACCUCUAUGGGAAGGACCUGAAGGAGAGAGCUUUAAUUGACAUGUAUGUGGAAGGAACAGGUGAUCUGUUGAUGAUGCUGAUGUACCUUCCAUUCAAGACUGACGACAAAGAACAGCAUAAAGCUCUAACUAUUGAGAGAGCCACAACCAGAUACUUCCCAGUUUACGAGAAAGUUUUAAAAGACCAUGGUCAAGAUUUUCUUGUUGGUAACAAGUUUAGCUGGGCAGAUGUACAUCUGCUUGAAACUAUUCUUGAAUCAGAAGAGGUGAAGCCCGAUAUUCUCUCUAAAUUUCCCCUGCUACAGGCAUUCAAAACAAGAAUAAGCAACAUCCCCACAAUUAAG